AGGAAAUCUGGGGUAAUAUUGCUUGUCAUUCUAGUAUUAGAGCUGGAAGAGUUUUGAAUAUUGAUGAAAUGAAUCAAUUGCUUAGAGAGAUUGAGAAAACUCCAUUAUCUGAACAAUGUAAUCAUGUCAUUGAGAGAGCAUUGAAAUACUCGCGGCAAUCCAGGGUAGGGAAGUUAUUAACAAAUGUAAUUAAGGUAACAAUUCUGGAUCAUCAUAGUCGAGCUAAAGCUCUCCUUCGUGAUGACUAUGUUUAUUUUGUCAUUGCGAGAGCAUUUAAUGCUCGUGGCAAUCCAGGUCGAGCUAAAGCUCUCCUUCGUGAUGACUAUGUUUAUUUUGUCAUUGCGAGAGCAUUUAAUGCUCGCGGCAAUCCAGGGCAGUUAAAAGAUACUUUGCCAAAUGUAGAAUGGGUUUCUCCUGUUGUAAAUUGGUAUGCUACUGAUAUCAAUUUAGGAAAUUGUAAAGUAUUACCAGGUGUAGAAUUUAAAGAUGAAAAGACAAAAAUUUCUCCUGAUGAAUGGCAAGUUUCUAAUUAUAAUCGGAACAAUGCUCAUCUAAUUUUGCAAAAAAAUAAUCAUCCGAUUUAUGGUGGCACAAUAAAUGAUAAAAGUAUAAUUAGAUAUUUAGAUGAACUAAAUAAUAAGGGUUAUUUAAUUAUGUUUUAUCCUAUGAUUUUAAUAGAUAGUUAUGAAAAACCAUGGAGGGGUAGAAUGUAUGUAAAUAAUGCAAAAGAUAUAGAGAAUUUUUUUGAUGGAGAUAGUGGUUAUAAUAAAUUUAUUUUACAUUAUGCAAAGCUUGUAAAAGGGAAAGUAAAAGCAUUUUUAAUUGGUUCAGAAAUGGUUGAGCUUACAAAGUUUAAAACUAAUGAUAAUAAAUUUUUGGUUGUUGAUAAACUAAUUGAUUUGGCAAAACAGGUUAGGGUAAUAUUAGGUAAAGAUGUGAUGAUUUCAUAUGCUGCAGAUUGGAGUGAAUAUCACCAUACUGAUGGUGGAUGGUAUUUUUUAGAUAAGCUAUGGGCAUCUGAAUAUAUUGAUUUUAUAGGCAUUGAUGCAUACUUUCCUUUAACAAGUGAAGAUAAAACUACAUAUGAUAUAAAUGAGAUAAUAGGUGGUUGGGAAUCUGGUGAAGGAUAUGAUUACUAUAUAGAUGGUGAUGGAAAGAAGCAGCCUUUAGAUCAAGAAUAUGCAUGGAAAAAUAUUAAGUGGUGGUGGGAGAAUAAACAUUAUAAUCCAGAUGGCAGGCAGACAGAAUGGAUUCCUAAAUCAAAGAAGAUUUGGUUUACAGAAAUAGGAUUUCCAUCAAUUGAUUGUGCUACAAAUCAACCUAAUGUUUUUUAUGAUCUAAGUACCUCCGAAUCAAAUAUUCCAAAAUAUUCUAAGGGACAAGUUGAUUUUCAGGCGCAGAAAUUAGGUUUGCUUGCUACAGAAAUGAAGUGGAAAGAUUCUGAAAUGAUUGAAAAUAAAUUUGUCUGGGCAUGGGAUGCGAGACCUUAUCCAUAUUUCCCUGAUAAACUUGAUGUUUGGGGAGAUGGUGAUUGCUGGAAAAAAGGACAUUGGAUUUAG